CUGUAGAAAAAGCAUUUGUUUCUCUCCGGACACAUUUACCCUGCGUACCAACAGAAAGAAGCGCCGCAUUCUCACAUUUCCACAAGUGUGGCUGCACAGAGAUGGCGACUACAAAGGUUCCAGAGGUUCGUGACAUCACACGGAUCGAGAGAAUUGGAGCACACUCUCACAUUCGUGGCCUUGGUUUGGAUGAUGCAUUGGAACCGAGACAGGUGUCUCAGGGGAUGGUUGGCCAGCUGGCCUCCCGUCGGGCAGCAGGGGUCAUUCUGGAGAUGAUCAAAGAUGGCCACAUCGCUGGCAGAGCAGUGCUGAUCGCUGGCCAACCUGGCACAGGAAAGACUGCCAUCGCUAUGGGCAUCGCCCAGUCUCUUGGCCCUGACACACCCUUCACAGCGCUGGCCGGUAGUGAGAUCUUCUCCCUGGAAAUGAGCAAGACCGAGGCUCUCAGCCAAGCUUUUAGAAAAGCCAUCGGAGUGAGGAUCAAAGAAGAGACAGAGAUAAUUGAAGGAGAGGUGGUAGAAAUCCAGAUUGAUAGACCAGCCACUGGAACGGGUGCAAAGGUGGGCAAGUUGACUCUAAAGACUACGGAGAUGGAGACAGUAUAUGACUUGGGAAACAAGAUGAUUGACAGCCUCAGUAAAGAAAAGGUUCAAGCAGGAGAUGUUAUCACCAUUGACAAAGCCACUGGAAAGAUCAGCAAGUUGGGUCGCUCCUUCACCAGAGCCAGAGACUAUGAUGCCAUGGGAGCUCAGACUCAGUUUGUGCAAUGUCCUGAGGGAGAGCUGCAGAAAAGGAAAGAAGUGGUCCACACGGUGUCCCUCCAUGAGAUUGACGUCAUCAACAGCCGCACACAAGGCUUCCUGGCUCUCUUCUCCGGAGACACCGGAGAAAUCAAGUCCGAGGUCCGCGAGCAGAUUAAUGCCAAAGUGUGCGAGUGGAGGGAAGAAGGCAAGGCUGAGAUCAUUCCUGGGGUGUUAUUUAUUGACGAGGUCCAUAUGCUGGACAUGGAGUGCUUUUCCUUCCUGAACCGAGCCCUGGAGAGUGACUUGUCCCCAGUUCUCAUCAUGGCCACCAACAGAGGCAUCACUCGCAUCCGUGGCACAAACUAUCAGAGCCCUCAUGGCAUCCCCAUCGACCUGCUCGACCGCCUACUCAUUAUCGCCACCUCCCCAUACACCGAAAAAGAGACGAGGCAGAUCCUCAAGAUCAGGUGUGAGGAGGAGGAUGUGGAGCUGAGCGAGGAGGCUCACACCGUCCUGACUCGCAUCGGCAUGGAGACGUCACUGCGCUACGCCAUCCAGCUGAUCAGCACUGCCGGACUGGUGUGUCGCAAACGCAAGGGGACAGAAGUCCAGGUGGAGGACAUCAAAAGGGUUUACUCGCUGUUCCUGGAUGAGGCCAGAUCUUCUCAAUACAUGAAGGAGUAUCAGGAUUCCUUCCUCUUUAACGAAACACAAACUGGUCAGAUGGACACCUCGUAAUGAAGACGAAUGCUUCCUUUUCGUUCUCCUCUGAAGUUUUUAUGUUGUCGAUCCCCGUCUGCCGUUGGAGUCAUUUCAACUACUGCUGCUAAAGUUGAAGUAACUGCUUCUUCAACUUUAGUGGACAUUGAAGUUAGAAGUUUAUUCAAAUGUAUUCAAGUCACUGAAUUUCCCGAUAUUUUUCUUCUCUGUUCGAAUUCAAAUGUAUCCACUGAACUGUGACUUAAUUCUAAAUUUACCAUGAUGCUGUUCUUCAUCGAGGCCUUUCCAUUCCUUCGGUGUUUUCUUUUGUUGACUUAUCUUUACAUGGUUUAUUUUUAUGAAAAUGAUUAAACAGGCUUUUAUGAGCACACUUUGA